AUGGAGACGGGCGAUGUCCCUCCUUCCGCUGCUCCUCUGCUCGAUGAUCCUAGCCCCGUGCUAGAGAUACAACAUACCAGGACUCCCAGCUUCCACGCCCAUCCAGCGCGAGCAGGCACAUACCCGGUUUAUCUGCAAGAGAGGGGUAUUUCCUCACGAAGACCCACAGAGCGAGCGCAGACUCUUCCUGAUCCUCUGCCAUCUGCUUCCACGGUCGUGGAGAAGUUAGACGGUUUUACUUUCCUUACCCCAAAGCUCUCUGAUUCAGAUCUGCCCACUCCAUCCGGAGAUUCCAAGCACGACGGCAACGAUGCCGUUGAACGCAAGAGGAAUCCAUUUGUUGUCGCAUGGAGAUGGUCAUUCGACCAGAUCACGAACCACUGGAUUAUAUUUUCUACUUUCUUCAUCCUCAGCACAGUUGCUAUCUGUUUCGCCGUCGGCUUCUCCCUACGCUUGAAAUUCUUUGAUGCUGUUCAAGUCUUGGAUCAGGAAGAGGCUCAGCAGGUGCCUGCGGUCGUAUUGGGCGCGAACCUCAUCACGAUCGAUGCCAUAGGACAGACGAUGACACUUGAUUGGUUUGUGUACUACAAUUGCAAUCCCAGUGAUUGCGUCGACGUCAACGUCUAUUUCGACCAGAAUUUACUGCGCACUGGUUCGCAGUCUGGCGCGGCAAAUAACGAGAAACCUACUCCGAUCUUUUUCAUCAACGGUACCGACUACCUGACGUAUAACGCUGGGUCCAACAGUGACUGGCGUACAAACUCGCCCGAGUUCCGGACUCAGGUGGCGAUCACAAACUAUUAUGCUGGAGGUCGUUCAGCACAGUCUUACCCAUUUGACAAGUACACAGCCUUGCUCGUCUUUUUCGCAGAGGAUACAAACAAUAAUACGAUUCCAAUGGCGCUGAAUGUGACUACAGGAAUUGCUGUUGGUUACAAUGCUGCAUUAGAGACAUACGCCUCUGGGACUGGGCUCCACGGCGAGCUCAUCAAGGAAUUUACAGUCACUCGCGGCCAAGUAGUACGGCUCUACGCGAUCCUAACUGUGAUUGCCGUCUGGCUUGUCACAUUGACAUUCGUUAUGGCAUGUAUCACCACCGUCUUUUUUGGCAAAGGAGUCCAGCCCGAUAUCCUGGUAGCGCCAGUAGCUGCUCUUUUCGCUUUCACUGCCCUUCGAAGCACGCUCCCGGGAGCCCCUACUACCUUCGGCGCGGACAUAGACUUCGUUGGCAUUCUUCCUUGCCUUGCGCUUCUUAUCUUCUCAUCGGUGUUUAUGUCCGCUAUCUUCCUCUUCCGCCGGGAACCAGAAAAUGACACGAGGCGAUGGGUCGAAAUGCACAAAAAGGUCUAA